AUGGAUGAUCAUAUCCGGAGUGGUUUUGGAGCAGAAGCCACUGACAUAGUAGUAGAAGCCGUAUCUCAAAAACCUACAUGGCAUCUCGUACCAUUACCGUUAUCUCAAGUCAAUCCGACUGCUUUACGAUCGCUUUCUAUUAGAGGAGUCACACCUUCUCUGAAAUCAUGCUGUCUGACAGUCAUAUCGAAACAUCUACAUAAAUACACCCUCGAAUCUUUCGAUGGUAUCCCGCCCAUCUUCAUUCAGAGGAUCAUGAGUCGGGUGAGGGGAGAUAGGGGAUACGAAGAAGAUUAUGCAGAUAGGGUGAUGAGGAAUCCCGACGAAGCUACGGUAUGGUCGUUAUCAGCUCUGUUGGAUCCAGAAGGAACCAGAAAUGAUUUUACAUUAUCAUUAAAUGAGUUAACAACAUUACAAUUUCUUACCCCAAAUAACUUGUUGAAAUACGCCGAACAUCCCUUGAUUGAAUUACCCAAAUUAUAUCAAUCGAUCAAUUUGAACUGUGGUAUAUCGUUAUUGACUACUUUGACUUUGGAUGGUAUGGAUGGAUUAGUGAACGACACGAAUAUACAAUCUUUGAAAUGGUGUACGAAUUUAACUGUUUUAUGGAUGAAAGGAUGUAGAAUAACAGAUACUGGAAUAAGAUUAUUAACUUCUUCAUUGAAAUUGCCUGGUUCAAGUUUUGAAGGAGAUGAUAAUGUUGGAAGAGGUUUAUGGAGGUUAAGAGCUUGGAGUUUAGGUGGUUGUAGAGGUAUAACAGAUAAAUCUAUGAUGAUCUUUGCUAGAUAUCCAGGUUUGGUCUUAUUGGAUGUACGAGAUACAUCAUGUACUACCUCGGGGGUGGAUAUACAUAAUCGAACGUCUCAAAAUCUGUUCUCAGGUUAUAAUCCAGAUUUUCAACCUUGCACAGAUGGUUUACUUGAAUUGUUUUCCAGAAGUUCAACAUCAUCUGAAAUACUCGAUAAAUUAUGUUUGACCCUUAUCAAAUUACCUCUUCCUCCAUCUCAUACGCUCUUAGACUCGGAAAGAUCACAUCUCGCUUUACAUAUAAUACCUUCUCACAGACCUUUGGAUGAUAAAUGGUUACCUGAACCUCCUAUAGCAACAAUGCCCAAAGCAUAUGUAUCAAGACAUGAAGACAAGGAUGCCAAGACCGUUUAUAGAGGUAAUGGAGUAGGUCAGAUAUACGGUAGUUCCGUGUCCAGAAUCACAAAUGAAACCAAAGAAUUCAGAAAAAGGGUUAGAGAUGCAAUGGACAUUGAAAACAAACUUGAUAAAGAAGCAUAUGAAGAAAGGUUAUAUGAAGAAAUGGGUACGAUAGAAAGAAGGAAAUUCACUAUGAGAAAGAAUAAAGAAAGGAAAGCUGCGAGGGAAUGGUGGAAAGACGAUUCAGUGACAUCAGGUGCAUAUAAAAAAGCAACUUCGAAAACUUAUAAACAAAGAGGAAAAAAAGGUGAUAAUGAAAGAUCGAAAUCUUUCGUCAUGGGUCAAAAGGGUGAACAAGUAUUGAUUGAUAGAACAAAUCAAAAUGAUAGAUCUUUCAUGUUGGUUAGAAUCGUCAAUUCAGAUUGGCAGCGAUUAUCUUGGUUAACCAUAUCAGGUUCAACCUCAAUUUCAGAAAGAAGUGAUUCUUCAAAAUAUAAUUCGGAAUUAGUAGGAGGAUUCGUGAAGACUUCAAGUCAAAAGCUUAGAGCCGCCAAUAUAGUUGAGGAUCUUCUAGGUUCUGCAAUGUCAAUAUCAUCUUCUACAUCGUUUUCGCAAUCAAAAGCGAUCAUUAAUCCCUUCAAACUGGAAACUCCAUCGUCAUCUCAGUUCAGUUCAAGUCAAACGUCCAUAUCGUCUUCACCAAGUUCAUCCCAGACACCUAGAAAUCCAUUCAAAUCGCAAAUCGUCAGAUCCAACUCAAUGGGUAUUAGACCAUUAAGUUCUACACCGUCAUCGACUAAAUCCCUUCUCCCAACACAAUCGCACUCACCGUCACAGUCAUAUAAUUCUCAAACACCAUUUCGCUCUAUGAAACCACCGCCUUUCUCACAAUCAAUGAAUAGCAACUCCGACACACUAUUCGACAUUGAACAGAGUUCCUCAGCAAGAGGAGUAACCAAUGAUUUAUCGUUCUCUGGUAGUGCAAGAAAAAGAACAUUUGACGGAUCGUCGUCCGCUUUAGAUAUGAAAAGAAAAGGCAUGAAAAUGUUUUCGAGCGGUUCAGGAAGGAUAUGA